AUGGAUAACCCUAAAUUCGAUGCCAACGAGCCCGUGGGGAUGUUUAUUUUCAAGGAGAAAGACGAACGUGCGCUUGUACAGGAUUUGAUUGUGAACGUCGAUCCCAGUGAGCUGCUCGACAGUCGCCCGCACGGCAUCAUUGCGUACAUUCUGUUCAUGUGUUUGCGAUGGGCAGAUCACAUGAACAAUCCUCGCCAACUGCAGUCGCUGCUCACCAAAUCAAUCAGCUCCAUCAAGCAUGUGGCCACGGCUGAUCAUAAGAACAGUCCCAGGCAACUGUUAGCCAACUCAAGCGGUUCCAUCAAGCAUGUUGCAACGCUGUAUAAUGUUUGA